AUGAUUUUCCCGGUCCCUCGUUUUCUGAUGGAAGCGCUCGCUCAUUAUAAGAUGGCGUUUCCACAGAUGCACCCGAGCUUCGUCCGCCACGUGAUAGGAUGUGCGGUUCGAGCUCGGGAAGAGGGCGUCUCGUUCGGUGUUCGAGAUCUGAGAAAGCUUUUCUCGGUGAAGAACAACACCAGGCUUCCCGGGUCGUUUUACUCCUCGCCGAGGCCGAAUCGGCGAAUAUUCACGAACACCCCGCAGAGGGAUAGCGGGUGGAGUGACGAGAUGUUCUUCUUCCGGGUCAGCGAGGCCACGAUGGGCGACUUCGACUUUGGUCGAAUCCGAACGGAUUGUAGAUCCAGUACCAACAACCCGGGGAUUGAUUACCUCGUCGAGCGACUCGGAAGGGAAAAGGUGAACUGGAGUACUUUUACUCCGGAACGGAUCCGUCGAGUUCUCAGCUCUCCUCCUGCUCCUCCUCCAGAUCCCGGACCGCAAAGGGUGCCAAGGGCUUCCUCGGGUGGAAGUCGAGUUCGUGCCGGCGAGUUCGUAACGGCGGUGGAGGAGGCUAUGGCUUCGAAGCCCACGGCGGGGUCUUCUGCCCUUGCCGACCAGGUGGUUGACCAGGUCGACGCGACCGCUGAAGGAGAGGUCGUUCCUCUCCCGAGUACGGUUCAUGUGAGCUCCGAUCGGACUCGGAGUUCGGAUCAAGGUCACUCGAGGCAGGCGCCGAAGCGAGCUCGGAGUGACGAUGGAGAGACUCGUUCUCGCGAGGGCGGCCCGACUGCCUCGAACGGGAGCGGGGGAAAGCCGCCGUUUUACUGGCAGUACGAGAACUCCAAAGGCUUCCCCGUUCAGGACGACGAGGAGGGAACAGCUCGCAUUCAGCUCCACUUCAAGCCCGUCGGAUGCCGGCUCCCGUCCCUGAACCAGAUGUCUGAGAAGGAGCUCUACAUCGCGACGUGCGCUGCGAGCGGGAGGGCUGUGGCAGCUCGUAACAUGUUGGUGUCCCGCCUGGAGUCGAGGAUCAGAGACGCGCCUCAGCAGAAAGAGCUCGAUCAGGUGAAGGAGCUCGUUGCCAAGUUGACCUCCGAUCUCUCUGCGGCGAACGAGCGGGUAGCUCGUCAGGGUGAGCUCUUGAAGAAACACACCUCGCAGGAGGGUCGUGUGAAAGAGCUCGAGACCAGGGAGGCCGAUCUCUUGCGCCAGCUGUCCCAGAAUCAGGAGCAGAUGGCGGCUUUGCAGAAGGAGAGCUCGAGUGCGCUGACGCAGUCGCUUCGCCUUAGCCGGGAGAACCAGGUACUCGUCGCCGAGAAGGACAACGUAGCUCGCCGUGCCAACCGCGCAGGUCGGAGGGAGAUGGUCGCGAAGCAUCGGGAAGUGCUUGAAUCGGCUAAGGCAAAGUUCGAGGAGAAGAGGGUGGAAGGUGAGAAGGAGGGCGAUCAGAUCGAACUCCAAUCCAACAUCGAUCUCCUUACGUCGCUGAUCUCCGGUGCGAUCAACCAGGAGGAAGAGCUCGCCAGGUUGAAGGGGCUCGAGGAUGAGGUGGCCGAAGCAGCCAAGGCGGCCCAAGUCUCCGAUUUCUCGAUCGGGAAGUUAACCUUCCCGUGGUUUCGGAGGACUCGGUCGCGCGCAUGGAGAUCGACCCAUCGACGAGCAUCCCGGUUGGCUUGA